AACGCACGCGCCUAAGAGCGCGCGAAAACUGUCAAUCCAUUCCAGAUCCAGGCUUCAGUGUACUAUAGUGUACAGCAUGUAUAAUACAGACUACAGUACUUAUAUGCGCGAAGCUGCAAGCCGCGACGGACAGCGGCGAGCUGCAGCAUACCUACAUACUUUGAACAGCUAGGCACCAACUUGUUGCGUCGAUACGUAUCAAAUCAAGUAUAGUAGUCUAGUGGAUUAGUUGAAAAACGAGAACUACUAUGAAAUACAAAAUUAAAUAAUAAAUCAAGAGUGUGGAAUUCAUAUAGUUAUAUAUUGUAUACAUACAAUAACACAAUAAAAUUAUAAGAACAUAAUAGAAAUACCAUUUUCUUCAUAAACGUAUCAGAUACUGUACGAAUUGAGCACAUGCGCACCACUGGUAGAAUGUCGUGAAAUCUCGCGUUUUGAAAAAUAGGUAAGGUUAUGUUGUUGUGGAGAAGUUGAAUGUCUGUAUCAAGGUUCCUACACAAAAGCAGAUUUUUCUCCUACAGGCCAUGCCACAAAAAUAUCGACAAUUAGCUCGUCAUAAUUCAGUUUGCAACGAAGUUUAUUAUAAAUUACAAGAUUGUGAAAUCGAGCACCCUGUUGCAAGAUUUAUAGGAGAAUGUACUCAAUUUCAAAAAAAUCUUGAAAAAUGUAUAAAAGCCAAUCGUGAAACUAUGAGAACGAAGAAUAGAGAAAUGGCUGAGGCGAGACGUCGAAAAUUCAGUGCAGAACAUACAUCGACAGACCAUUAAAUUUUAUGUGCUCAUUUAACUAGAAUUAAUAGUGCUGUGCAUAAUAGAAUUUUUUUCAAGUAAUUAUUUAGUUAUUUUUCCACAUUUUAACAUUGGUGUGCUGGUGUGAUUAACAAGCAUUCAUUGAUGAAAUUAGUGUUAGGUAGUUUUUAAUUGAUUCAAUACAAAAUAACUUAUACAAUGGAAGUCAAAGAGACAGAAAUCAAAUCAGAACUUUAUGGAACAGCUUUAAAAAAUGAUGAACCAGAUACAAAGAAAAUUAAAUUAUCUAAUGAAGGAGAUAAAGCUUUGAUACAUAAAAAUCACAAAGAUCAUCAAGAAGAUGGUCAAACUAUGUCUGUUGAAUAUGAAAUUCCUGAAAAAGGAUUUACAUAUCCUUUAGAAAUGGAUGCCUCUGACAUGUUGGAUGAAACAGAUUGUGAUGGAUACUUUCCUACUGUCACGGAAAGAUAUCUUACACCUUAUUAUCAACUUGAUGCACAAAAACCAGGAGAUGAUUUUUGUAUAUUGAUACAUAGCAAUCGCGUUUGUAUGAUUACCUUAGCACCAAGUCAUCCAAUAUUACAAGAGAACAAAACUAUUGAAAGUUGCAAUUAUAAAGUAAGUGAAAAAUUAGAUAGGACAAAAAAUAAAGUAUCUGGAAAAGCAAAACAUGGAGCUCAGCCAUUACAGUCAAACUCUAAUCUCUGUAGCCUUACUUGUACAGAUGGAUCAAUUUAUGCAAUUAAAUGUUGUAUGAUUGGUAAACUGAUUGAAGUAAAUGAAAGGCUAGUAGAAAAUCCCUCUUUGCUUAAAAAAGAACCACAUUUUGGUGGAUACAUUGCUAUUAUCCUACCAAAUUUGAAACAUUUAGAUAGCCUUAAGGAAAAAUUACUGACACAACAACAAUAUGAAGAAGCAAUUGAAAAACGUAAUGAACUAGCAGAAAAGAGUAAGGAAAUAAAAAAUGAAAAAGAUACUGAAAGAGAUAUACAAGAAAAGUUGGAGAAAAAGAAGAUAUAAUCAAGAGAGCAUAGAAAAAAAAAUAAAAAAGUUGAUGUUGAUGCUAUGUAAGAAGAAUGUGACAGUAAUAAAAAAGUAGUUGUUGAGUUUUGAGAAAAAAAUCAAUUGUAGAAUAAUAAAAUUAUUUUAUAUUUUACACUGAAAUUUGUCUUAUUUUAUACUUUGCACUGCAAAGAAAUGUGCUUUGGUAUCAGUACGAUUUCUUUUCAAAAAUAUGUACAGUGACAUAGAAUUAAUCACAUAAAAAUCUUUACAAAUCAAAGAUAAGAUAAUGUUAUCUUUUUAAACAGUCUAUUACAGAGGAACUGUUACUUCUCGUAAAAGGUUUCUUCUUUCAACAUUCUUUAAUUUGUCCAUAUCUGUUCGUCUCUUGUUUAGUGCAUUUUUAGCUAAAUUUCCUAACACAAUGCCAGCAAAUAAUAUCAUUCCAACUUUGUGAUUAGAUAUGAACUUUUUUGCACAGUUGGAUGGGUCAUUAAUGUCCAGUGUAUAAAGCUGCAAUACAUUUAUUGUGAAUAUUGUGAUUGCAAAUACUAAAUUUUUCAUUAUAGUAAUAAAUUAUACCUGAUGAAAUAGAUGUGAACCUACUAAUCCCACAGCUAUAUAGUAUGGAAACGUUUGAUCAGCACAAAUGCCUGAAACAACCAAACUUGAGAUCAUAGUAGUACCAAAACUUGCAAGAUAUAGUUUGGUUUUAUCUCCAAAUUUUAAUGCUGUUGAUUUUAUUCCUAAUAAAACAUCAUCAAUCUUAUCCUGGAA